AUGAAUAAUUCCCAGUUGCCAUCAUUAACAGUGUCUGAUCAGCAGCCUCGCUGGCCCCCCCAGCAACCGCAGACUGAUCUACAGCCACAGAAGCCACCUCCGCAGGUGCCCCAGGUUCCUAGCUAUCCUCCCCAGCCGCAGGUGCCCCAGGUUCCUAGCUAUCCUCCCCAGCCGGAGGUGCCCCAGGUUCCUAGCUAUCCUCCCCAACAGCAGGUGCCCCAGGUUCCUAGCUAUCCUCCCCAGCCGCAGGUGCCCCAGGUUCCUAGCUACCCUUCCAAGCUGCAGGUGCCCAAGGUUCCUAGCUAUCCUCCCCAGCCGCAGGUGCCCCAGGUUCCUAGCUAUCCUCCCCAGCCGGAGGUGCCCCAGGUUCCUAGCUAUCCUCCCCAACAGCAGGUGCCCCAGGUUCCUAGCUAUCCUCCCCAGCCGCAGGUGCCCCAGGUUCCUAGCUACCCUUCCAAGCUGCAGGUGCCCAAGGUUCCUAGCUAUCCUCCCCAGCCGCAGGUGCCCCAGGUUCCUAGCUAUCCUCCCCAACCGCAGGUGCCCCAGGUUCCUAGCUAUCCUCCCCAGCCGCAGGUGCCCCAGGUUCCUAGCUACCCUUCCAAGCUGCAGGUGCCCCAGGUUCCUAGCUAUCCUCCCCAGCUGGAGGUGACCCAGGUUCCUAGCUAUCCUCCCCAACCGCAGGUGCCCCAGGUUCCUAGCUAUCCUCCCCAGCCGCAGGUGCCCCAGGUUCCUAGCUACCCUUCCAAGCUGCAGGUGCCCAAGGUUCCUAGCUAUCCUCCCCAGCCGCAGGUGCCCCAGGUUCCUAGCUAUCCUCCCCAGCUGCAGGUGCCCCAGGUUCCUAGCUAUCCUCCCCAGCAGCAGGUGCCCCAGGUUCCUAGCGAUCCUCCCCAGCUGCAGGUGCCCAAGGUUCCUAGCUAUCCUCCCCAGCUGCAGGUGCCCAAGGUUCCUAGCUAUCCUCCCCAGCCGCAGGUGCCCCAGUUUCCUAGCUAUCCUCCCCAGCCGGAGGUGACCCAGGUUCCUAGCUAUCCUCCCCAGCUGCAGGUGCCCCAGGUUCCUAGCUAUCCUUCCCAGCUGCAGGUUCCCCAGGUUCCUAGCUAUCCUACCCACCAGCAGCCUGGGUAUCCUCCCCAGAAGCAGCCCCAGCAUUCCAAGCAGCAGCAGCAGCCUGGCUAUCCUUCCCAGCAGCAGCCCCAGGUUCCCCAGCAAACGCAGCAGCUGCCUGGCUAUCCUGCCCAGCAGCAGCCCCAGCAUUCCAAGCAGCAGCAGCAGCCUGGCUAUCCUUCCCAGCAGCAGCCCCAGCAUUCCAAGCAGCAGCAGCAGUCUGGGUAUCCUCCCCAGAAGCAGCCGCAACAGCCCCAGGUUCCCCAGCAACCGCACCAGCCUGGCUACCCUGCCCAGCAGCAGCGUCUGCAACAGCCCCAGAUUCCCCUGCAACCCAAGCAGCAGCAUGGCUAUCCUUCCCAGCAGCAGCCCCAGCAUUCCAAGCAGCAGCAGCCUGGCUAUCCUCCCAAGCAGCAGCCGCAACAGCCCCAGGUAUCCAAGAAACCCCAGCAGCAGCCUGGCUAUCCUGCCCAGCAGCAGCCCCAGCGUUCCAAGCAGCAGCAGCAGCAGUCUGGCUAUCCUCCCAAGCAGCAGCCGCAACAGCCCCAGGUAUCCAAGAAACCCCAGCAGCAGCCUGGCUAUCCUGCCCAGCAGCAGCCGCAACAGCCCCAGGUAUCCAAGAAACCCCCGCAGCAGCCUGGCUAUCCUGCCCAGCGUCCGCAGGUGCCCAAGGUUCCUAGCUAUCCUCCCCAGCCGCAGGUGCCCCAGGUUCCUAGCUAUCCUCCCCAGCCGCAGGUGCCCCAGGUUCCUAGCUAUCCUCCCCAGCCACAGGUGACCCAGGUUCCUAACUAUCCUCCCCAGCCACAGGUGCCCCAGGUUCCUAGCUAUCCUCCCCAGCCACAGGUGCCCCAGGUUCCUAGCUAUCCUCCCCAGCCACAGGUGCCCCAGGUUCCUAGCUAUCCUUCCCCAGCCACAGGUGCCCCAGGUUCCUAGCUAUCCUCCCCAGCCACAGGUGCCCCAGGUUCCUAGCUAUCCUCCCCAGCCACAGGUGCCCCAGGUUCCUAGCUAUCCUCCCCAG